UAUAUGCUCGACAUCUGUGGUUUUAAGAAAGAAUAAAAAUUAAAUAAAACAAUCGAGAUUCGAGAAUUAUACUCAAGUAAAAAAUACAUGUUCUUUAAAUGUUAAUGUAUUGCGAAUAAUUCUAAAGUUAAUAGUGGUAAUAAGAUACAUUUAUACAUGUGAAUGUAAAAGUAACAAUGAAGUAUUAUUGCGACUGCAAAUGAAAUAACAUAGAAGUUCAGAGUUUUAUUUAGUGCAUUAGUUAACAGAUACGUUGCCGCAAUGAUGAAGAGUACUUUACCUAAAGAUAAACCUGGCAAAAUGAGGAUCCGAGCUUUCCCCAUGACUAUGGAUGAGAAAUAUGUGGAGCGCAUAUGGAGUUUACUUAAGAAUGCAAUACAAGAAAUACAAAAGAAAAAUAACUCGGGGCUUUCAUUUGAGGAGCUUUAUAGAAAUGCAUACACCAUGGUUCUUCACAAACAUGGAGAAAGACUUUAUACAGGAUUAAAAGAAGUUGUUACACAUCACCUUGAGACAAAGGUUCGUGAAGAUGUCCUUCAGGCGCUCCACAAUGGGUUUCUCCAGACAUUAAACAAUGCUUGGACCGAUCACCAAACCAGUAUGGUCAUGAUACGCGACAUACUCAUGUACAUGGAUAGAGUUUACGUACAGCAGAAUGAUGUAGAUAAUGUUUAUAACUUGGGACUCAUUAUAUUCAGGGACCAGGUUGCCCGCUACGGUUGCAUCCGUGACCACCUGCGCCAGACCCUUCUAGAGCUGGUUGCUCGUGAGCGUCGCGGUGAGGUCGUGGACCGUCUCGCCAUAAGGAACGCCUGCCAAAUGCUCAUGGUGGUCGGCAUCAACUCGCGCACCGUCUACGAAGAGGACUUUGAGAAGCCCUUCCUGCAUCAGUCCUCUGAAUUUUAUAGGAUGGAAUCUCAAAAGUUCCUAGCUGAGAACAGCGCGGCGGUGUACAUAGCCCGUGUGGAGGCCCGCAUCAGUGAGGAGGCGGAGCGUGCGCGGCACUACCUGGACGAGAGCACUGAGCCGCGGAUAGUGGCCGUCCUCGAACACGAGCUCAUAGAGAGACAUAUAAAGACCAUUGUUGAGAUGGAGAACUCUGGUGUUGUUCAUAUGUUGAUGCACACUCGCACAGUGGAGUUGGCCUGUAUGUACAAGUUAUUGUCCCGUGUGGACGAGGGCCUGCGCACUGUAGCGGACGCCGUGUCAGCACACCUCAGGGAGCAAGGCCGCGCCCUCGUCACUGACACGCAUAGCAACACUAAUGCCAUAGCAUACGUGCAGAACCUACUCGACCUUAAAGAUAGAUUCGACCACUUCCUCCACAACUCGUUUAACAAUGAUAAGAUAUUUAAACACAUGAUUGCUUCAGACUUUGAAUACUUCCUCAACCUGAACAACAAAUCCCCGGAGUUCCUAUCAUUAUUCAUUGAUGGUAAACUCAAGAAAGGCGAAAAAGGCAUGAGUGAACAAGAAAUAGAGGCAGUCCUGGACAAAACGAUGGUGCUUUUCCGUUUCCUUCAAGAGAAAGACGUGUUUGAGCGUUACUACAAACAGCAUCUGGCCAAACGUUUGUUGCUCAAUAAAUCUGUCUCAGAUGACAGCGAGAAAAACAUGAUCUCUAAACUGAAGACUGAGUGCGGAUGUCAAUUCACAUCAAAGCUGGAAGGAAUGUUCAAAGACAUGACAGUCUCCAAUACUAUUAUGGAAGAGUUCAAAGAGCAUGUGCUUCAAUCAGGGAACAACUUGCACGGCGUGGAUCUGUCCGUGCGUGUGUUAACGACUGGUUUCUGGCCGACGCAGAGCGCGACGCCCAAGUGUAACAUACCCACGGCGCCGAGGAGUGCAUUCGACGUGUUCAGAUCGUUCUAUCUCGCAAAGCACUCCGGUCGUCAGUUGUCCCUACAGCCUCAGCUGGGUAGUGCGGACCUCCACGCGACGUUCCGCGCGCCCUCUACCGGCAGUCCGCCCCGCUCCCCGCCCUCCGCCCCCGCCGCCCCCGCCGCCGUCCGCAGGCACAUCAUACAAGUGUCCACCUUCCAGAUGUGCGUGCUGCUACUGUUCAAUAAACGCGAACGACUCACCUACGAGGAAAUCCUGAACGAGACUGACAUCCCUGAAAAAGAUUUGGUAAGAGCAUUACAGUCACUAGCGAUGGGGAAACCGACACAGCGCGUUCUGAUCAAACAUCCCAAGACCAAGGAGAUCGAACCGUCGCACCAGUUCUACGUAAACGAUGCCUUCACCUCCAAGUUACAUAGAGUUAAGAUUCAGACAGUAGCAGCGAAAGGUGAAUCGGAGCCGGAGCGUCGCGAGACACGCAACAAGGUGGACGAGGACCGGAAACACGAAAUAGAGGCAGCCAUUGUGAGGAUCAUGAAGGCCAGGAAGAAAAUGGCGCACACAUUACUUGUGGCGGAGGUCACGGAACAGCUCCGCGUGCGGUUCCUCCCGUCUCCCGUCGUGAUCAAGAAACGUAUUGAGGGUCUCAUAGAACGGGAAUACCUCGCGCGCACUCCCGACGACCGCAAGGUCUACACAUACGUCGCAUAGAGUCUUCUGAGAUAUUUCACUUCUACCGGCUACUCUCUAGCGACUUCUGUUCCUCCUAAUAUAUAUAUUUACGUUUGUUCGUCCCUCUUGAUGUAACUGUUCGCUUAUACGUUCCGACCGUGAAUGUGCACCGUUCUAAUUUUAUCAAAGAAAAGAAUGUUACAGAUGUUGAUGACAGAAAAUAGAUAUCUUACAAUGAAAGGAACAGAGUGUAAAUUGUUAUUAAUAAUUGGAAUAUAAAUACAUUAAAUAUUACAAAUUCUUUUGAUAGUCUUAUAAUGUUUUAAAUAUAAACAGGCUUCAACAAUCAUUUGCUGUUUAAAUCUUUGUUUUGCAGAACAUCUGUAACAUACUUGCUUGAUGUGGCUGACCCUCAAUUAUCGAAGUAUAUAAAUGUAAACAAACUUUAAUUUGUUGUUUUACUAUAGUUAGAACAAAUUAUUCCUUAAAGAUCGAGUACAUACAGAUUGAAUUGUUAUCAAUGUAAAAAUAUUGUAUAUACAAAUAUUGUGGCUUGAGUUAGAUCUGGUUGAUGUGUACUAUAAGCGAUCCUCAUAAUUCCUUAGAACAGCUAUGUUUAAAUUAAAUUCUCUUUUAUAUAAACUAGUUUCAUUAAACCGCACCUCAAUAACUCGGUCUUUGACUUGGUGUAAACAUAAAAUGGGAUUUAUUUUCAGGCCACCACAGGUCCAACUCAGAAGGGUGAAAGCCAAGAUAAAGUGAUAGAAGUAAUAAAAGUGUUUAAAUUAUUGCAAAAUAAAAAUUAUUAGUUAUAAAAUGAAA